GGGGGGUGGAGCUUUGGCUCGAGCCCUGCCUGUAUCUCUUGGUGUGUGUGUGCUCGGAAUUCAGGGAGAGAGAGCGCGCGAGCUGGACAGACGGUGGUCGGAAGUUUUCGAGCAGAAGUCUGAAUUCUGGGGCUUUAAAACGUCUAGAGAGAGGUUUCACAGUUUGGCUUGGAUUGAGCCAAAGAAGCGACAAUGGCAAUGCAAAUGGGUGAACGUGAAGGAGUGAUGAAGGUUGCAGGUUGGCAGAAAACGUAUUAUACUACAGAUUCAGGCAUCCAGUCAGGGGCCAAUACAGUGCGAUCAGAUGACGACGGGAUGGAUUUCCAUAAUAAAUACAGCUACACCACCACUACAGUCACUGAGAACCCUGCAGAACUGGAGUCACAGUUGACCAUGACCAGAGCCCAGCGUGUGAGGCAGGCCAUGUUCCCCGAGACAAUGGUGGAGGGGAUGACCGUUGUCUCCACCCAGAUGGAUUCGUCCCAGCAGACCAACGUGCAGAAGCUGGCUGAGCCUUCUCAAAUGCUCAAGGCGGCCAUCAUCCACCUGAUUAACUACCAGGACGAUGCCGAGCUGGCAACCCGUGCUGUUCCAGAACUCACAAAACUGCUCAAUGAUGAUGACCAGGUGGUGGUGAACAAGGCAGCGCAGAUUGUGAACCAGCUGACGCGAAAGGAGGCGUCCCGGCGUGCUCUGAUGCAGUCUCCUCAGAUGGUGGCGGCUGUGGUGAGGGCCAUGCAGAACACAAGCGACAUGGAGACAGCCCGUGCCACCGCCAGCAUCCUGCACAACCUGUCACACCAGCGUGAGGGCUUACUGGCCAUCUUCAAGUCAGGGGGCAUUCCCGCAUUGGUGCGCAUGCUCAGCUCUCCUUUGGAGCCAGUGCUUUUCUACGCCAUCACCACACUCCACAACCUGCUGCUCCACCAGGAGGGGGCCAAGAUGGCGGUGCGUCUAGCCGACGGCCUGCAGAGGAUGGUGCCACUCCUGAAAAAGAGCAACCCCAAGUUUCUGGCCAUUACCACAGAUUGCCUUCAACUUCUCUCCUAUGGAAACCAGGAGAGCAAGUUGAUCAUCCUGGCGAACGGAGGACCCGAGGCCCUGGUGCAGAUCAUGAGGAACUACAACUACGAGAAGUUGCUAUGGACCACCAGCCGCGUAUUGAAAGUGCUGUCAGUGUGUCCUAGCAACAAACCGACCAUCGUAGAGGCUGGUGGAAUGCAGUGUCUGGGGAAGCACGUGAAUAGCUCUAGCCAGCGGCUUACACAAAACUGUCUGUGGACUCUGAGGAACUUGUCUGAUGCUGCCACCAAACAGGACGGCCUGGAGGGGCUGCUGCAGGUUUUGAUCGGCCUCCUCGCCACAGAUGACAUGAACAUGCUCGCCUGCGUCUCUGGCACCCUGUCGAAUCUGACCUGCAAUAACGCUCGGAACAAGACGUUUGUAAGCCAGAACAACGGCGUGGAGGCUCUGAUCCACGCGCUCCUGCGUGCCGGAGAUAAAGAGGACGUAGCCGAGCCUGCCACCUGCGCCCUGCGCCACCUCACCAGCCGCCACCAGGACGCCGAGCUCGCGCAGAACGCAGUGCGCGUCCACUACGGCAUCCCGCCCAUCAUCAAGCUGCUCAACAAGCCACACUACUGGCCUGUUGUUAAGGCUGUGGUUGGCCUGGUCCGUAACCUAGCGCUGUGCCCAGCCAAUCAGGCGCCUCUCAGGGACGCUGAUGCAAUUCCCAAACUGAUCAAUCUGCUAAAAAAUGCCCACCAGGAUGCUCAGAAGCACGGUUCAGCCAGCCAGCAGACUUACCAGGACGGCGUGAGGAUGGAGGAGAUUGUGGAAGGUUGCACAGGAGCUCUGCAUAUCUUGGCCAGAGAUCGCACAAAUAGAGCCAUCAUCAUCGACUCGAAUGUCAUCCCGCUGUUUGUGCAGCUGCUGUACUCCCCAGGGGACAACAUAAAGCGGGUGGCCUCCGGAGUGCUCUGCGAGCUGGCGGUGGAUAAAAACGCAGCUGCUAUAAUUGAUAACGAGGGAGCUGCAAGCCCACUCAUGGAACUCCUGCACUCCAACAACGAGGGCAUUGCUACAUAUUCAGCUGCAGUGCUCUUCCGCAUCUCCGAGGACAAAAAUGCAGACUACAGGAAGCGCAUGUCGGUGGAGCUCACACACUCUCUGUUCAAACACGACCCAGCAGCGUGGGAAUCGGCACAGAGUGCAAUGAUGGACGCUGGAUUCGUAGGAGAUGAUAUUGACCCGCGCUUUGGCAGCAACGGUGGUGGGUUUGCAUAUGAUCACAUGCAAACGGAGAUUGACUUGGUUGAUGAUUACCCACAUGGCUAUGACCAAAUGGGUAGAGGCUACCCUGAUGCUUGCUAACAGAACAAUAAAGUUUCAAAAAGAGCACUAACUGAGGAAACGCUUCAAAAGUGAAGAGCCUUCUGGAGCGGACGACUGGCUCUGCACACACGCUACUGUACCAUAUGCAACGAUCACUGUGCUGCGAGGGGUAGAAUCGCAUAUUACUCAACACUGCCUUGUCAUGAAAACACAUUGUCUUACCUUUUUCUUUUUUUGUAGAAAAAUGUAUUUUAGGGCUCUUACUAGGGGUUUCUGUAAACUCAUGAGGACUGGUAAUCUACCAAAGAGAUUUUAUCGACUUAUGAUUAUUAAUUUUUUUUCUUUUUUCUUAAAAUUAUGUAUUUCAUGGUAGAAAAAAAAAAAAAGCUGCCAGCACUGGUACAGAACAGUGCAAUCGAUUGACCCCCAUAUUCAGCGUUAAUGCUUUAUCCAGUGAGGCUUUAGUCAGUUAACAAGCUGAAUGGGUUUUAAUGGCACAUAAAUUAAGCCUUUUCUCUCUGUGCAGUCUAUUUAAGCCCAAAACUGGGCCGAGUGAUGGAGCACAUCUUAUUGUGAUAUUACCAGAAACUUAAUAGUUUGUGCCAUAAUGAUGGAAACGUAACAGACAUUUUUAUAAAGUUACUAAAAUCAUUAUCGUCCAGACUAAGCGUAGCAUUGACUGGUUUUGCCUUUUUUUUUCUUGCACAGCAACCAUAAAAUUUAUAAUAAACUCUACUUUUUAAAUAUCCUUUAAAUGUUAUUUGUUUAGAAUAUUGAUAGUAACUGACUGCAGAAAUGCAAGAAAGGACUGGACACCCGAGCAAUGUUUAUACUUUAACAAAUUAUGCUUGUUUCUCCUGCAGCACACACACUUUAAAAUAAACUAACUAUUGUCUAAAUAGCCUUCUGCCAUUUGAGCUGUGGACUGGGUUUAAGAAUGAUGUUUUUUUUUUUUCCUUGCAUAGAUUUUAGAUAAGAGUUACAGUGAUAAUUAACUCUAAGCGGGAAUGUUGGAAGUGCAAGUUGUCUUUAUAUAGUGUUUCUACAAAUCAUACUUUAUAACAAAAAAAAAAUAAAAAUAAAAUCAGUUACUAACUGAA